AUGUCUAAGACUCCAGAGCUAGAGCCGUUCCUCCACAAACCCAAUAGCGUGAGAUCCUGGCUGAAACGCCCCGUGAUGACCACCACCUCACACCUCCUUGUUUUUGCCCUCACCUCCCUUCUCUGGUUUGCUAUCAUUCUCUUUGACCGGCUGUCGUCUUCCUACAUUAGCCAAUUGCCAGUCCAGCACAGCAAGCAAAUGACAAACAAUGAGACAGCCUUCGUCCCUCCCAUCCCCAUCCUCGCCAACUCAAUGACUACCCACUGCGGCACCUCGGUAGCUGCCGCGAAAGCCCGCGGAUGCAGGUACGAUAUCCUCAGCAAGGUCUGGACGCCGUCCCGCUGCUUUGACCAGGCUUCAAUAGCCGAGUAUCAGGCUUGGGACGAGGACGGCCGAUCCUGGCUCGCCUAUGCCGAUGCGGAGCAUACGCAGCCACUUGGCAUUGACGAGACGGGCUCCAUCGCGGGCGGAACCUACUAUACAACCGAGCACGACCACAUCGUGCACUGCGCGAUGCUGUGGAAAAAGCAGUUCCGGGCGCUAAGUGAGGGAAGAAGAGAGCUUGAUGCACUGAUUGUAGAUCCACAUCAUACAGAUCAUUGUGUGAAGUACCUGGUCCAGAUGACGGAGGCAGUAAAUACUAAGGGAAUAGAUUAUCGGAAGGUACCUAUUGAGGUUGAUGUUGGGUUCUCGGGGUGCUUCAUUCUACCGGAACCGUAG